AUGAGCUCCACGCCUCUCCCGGAUCACUACAAAGUUCUCGGCGUCAACAAGGAUGCGCAAGUAGCGGAGAUUCGGCUGGCCUACCGCAAGCUGGUCCUCAAGUGUCACCCCGACAAGGUGCAGGAUCCCGCCCUCAAGGCGCAGAAGCAGGAGGAGUUCCAAAAGGUCCAGCAGGCCUACGAGCUGCUCACCGAUGAGGAGGAACGCAGGAAGUACGACGACCAGGUCAAGCUGGCCGAGCUCAAGGAGCAGCUCCGCAAGACGUCUGUUUCCACCCCGCGAUCAAAUUCCAAGUACGCCGAGUACGAGAUCCGCACCGCCGAGCCUCCUCGCGCCUCGUCUUACAAGCCGGCCACCAAUGUCCCCCCGCCCGCAAAGGGGUAUACCUACCCGCGAUCCUAUGAGGAUGAUGUAACCUUCAGCUCUCGAGUCUACCAGACUGGCUCCUCUCGCGCGACCAGACGCGAGACCACCUACGUCGACGGCCGCUCAAAACGGGAUUCUGAGCGCGAGGCCAGGGAAAAGGAAAGGGAUCGAGAGCGCCGAAAGAAGGCCGACAAGGAAGAGGCUGCUCGUCGGGAAAAGGAGGCCAAGGAGGCCAAGGACGCCCGCCGAGAGAAGAGAGCCAAGGAGAAGCAGCGCGACAAGGACAUCAAGCGCGAGUCCGAGGACAAGAAGAAGCACACCAAGCCCUCGGCUACCUACGUGGAGGACUACAGCGACGAGGCUGCUCCCGCUGCCAAGUCUGACAAGAAGAAGUCGUCAUCGUCGAGCAAGAAGUACGAUGAGAAGCGUGACCGAGAUCGCUCGUCUCACCGCGACGACAUACCGGUGGUGUCUUCCCCCGCGCCGGCCCCUGUUCGCUCCUUUACCGAGUAUGCCACCAGCAAGUACGUGGAGCUCCCGCGAACUGUGCCGGCCGCCCCGGAACCGUCAUCUUCUUGGGAGGAUACCCAUGCCAAGAUCAAGGACGCCAAAUCCUACAUGGAGGCAGCUCGGGCCAAGGAGAGCGUUGCUCCCGGCGGCCUGAAGCGAUCCAUGACGUACGGCCCGCGGAUGGCCCAGCCUCCCGCAGCCCCUACCCCCCCACCCCUUCCCAACCAGCCAUCCCCCUUUGCUGCUCCCCACGACGACGACGUUCGUCGUUCGGCCGCGCGGCCUCGCCGUGGCUCAACGGAAAGCAACCGCCCCGGCGGAGACAGGUAUCGAAAGUCGUCGAGGGAGCCGAUCCCCGCCGAGCCCGUCGUCAUGAGCGCCUCCCCCAACAGCCGCCACGCGCAUCCUCCCAUGUCCGGCUCGCCUCCUCAUCUGUCCAGGACAAACACCAUGCCAGCUGAUGCAAGCUACCCCCGAGCUGUGCCCAUCACGCGCUCCCAGACCUACAACUUCGGAGACGGAACCGACCCUCGUGGGCGAAACCGUACGCGUUUCCAGUCGCAAAUUGACGAGGAGGAUUCGGACGAGGUCCAUGACCACCGUGCCAGAGACCGAAGGCAUCACGGCGGCAGGCGAGAGCACUCCGUCGAUCCAGUAUACACCGAGUCCCGAUAUCCCUACGAGCGACAGACAUCGUACAGCCGCCGCCCCGAACCGGAGCCGGAGCGCUAUGCGCACUACUCCUCUGGCUACGACAGCCGGCCCGCGAUGCCGGCCCGCGAUACCAGCUAUUCCACCUCGGGGGGAUCUGGCCAGUUUGCCAAGGUCAAGACGUCCAAGAACUACGGGUACGACGACGUCCACUACUCCGCCUACCACCACCAGAAGCCACGUGAAGAGUACACGUACGCAUGA